AUGGCCAUGGGCCUCGCGAUUCUCAAAGCGGAAAAGAAGCAGCGGCGCGCAGGCCUCAGUAUGCAAUAUCGAGUGGCGCGAGCGAUCUCCAGGACGAUCAUAGCUGUAGGCUCUGCAGGCGCCAUCGUCACGGCCUGUUGGCUACUCAAUCGCAUCCUUGACGGCAGCGAACACAAGCGCCUUGCAAACACCCCCACUUAUCUCGACGAGGACGAUGACGACGAUGACAAUUACGACGGAGCCGGCAGCUACCAGCAGCGGCAGCUUGAAGCAGAAGCCGACGACAGCUUCGCGCUCCUUCCCGUCGUGUCCGAGUCCGACGGCGAGUCUGAAGACGACGCCAUGGGCUACACUGGCGACUUCUUCACCCCUCGCUACGACGUCUGCAUGCUGGCCGUCAGCGUCCAGACACAAGUGGAUCCACUUUCAGAUGUUCCUCCCGCCGACUCGAGCGACUGCAGACUCUGCAGAGCUGCAACUGCAACAGGACAAGAUGUCGAAUUAGACGAGAAACCGAGGACGUUGUCGUUCUCGGAGACCGACAGCAGCAGCAACGGGAGUGCAUUGUCAACUGCGAGCAACUCGGUUGAUGGUCACGAGGAGGAGUCUUGGCAGCGCCGUGGAAGCUCGAGGACGGAGCAAUGGUUAUUGAGUAACCAGAUUAUUCCUAAAACGGGUAAGCCUUUGAACGAGCCUGUGUUCCAGUACGGCCCGUUCGUCAUGUCCUCGCGUGAAGGCAUUGAGCAGACGCUGUGGGACUAUGACCUGCGUGCAAACGGCUUUGAAGCUGCUCAUGGCUGGAAGUCUGGCAUCGCGCCUCACCACUGGAGCUGA